AUGUGUAUUACCACUUACUUUACAAUAGGAUUGCAACUUUUCCAUUGUUUCUUAAUGUUGAUUCAUCGAAAAUUUAAUUUACCAACGUCAUUGUACAACAAUUAUCGCUUAUAUUUCAAAUAUAAUGUCUCAAAUCUACAUAAACAAGAUUUUCUAAAUAUUCAAUGCAGAUCUAGUCAUUCAGCUAAAGAAAAGAAUGCUCACUCAAUAGUAUCAUUGGAUAAGACAAAAUGUAAUGAGAAUAAGGCGAUAUGUAAAAAUGUCAAAUUAAUUGGAUGGGUUCAAUCUGUUAGAAAGCAUAAAUCUUGCGUAUUUUGUAAUAUAUCAGAUGGUUCUUCACCUUAUGAUUUGCAAGUUGUCACUUCGCCUAGUGAGAUUACUGACAAGAUAACCGUUGGUUGCGCUUUGUCAGUUGAAGGUGACAUCUAUCAUAUUCCAAAUGUUCUAAAAACAUCUCAAUUGUCAACUGAUAAACCUACUGUUCAAUGUUGUGGAGAAUUACGCGCUAAGAUUGUUAAUAUUUUGGAUACUGAAAAUCAAGCUGGAGAAUUACAACUUGAAAAGUCAAUUAAUAAUGUUUCUCUUCCUUUUAAUCAUAGUGUUCCUACGAUAAAUCAAAUGAUAAGUUCACUCGGUCGGCAUAGUCCACGACCUGAUUUAGGAGUUUUACGCUCAGUUGAAGCAUUAUCUAUGCGUCAUCGACUACCUGAGUUUGGUGCUAUGCUUAGAAUGCGUGCCCAUAUUAAGCGAAUAGUUAGAAAAGUGAUGAGUUCAUGUGACUACUUAGAGGUUGAUACUCCGAUCCUCACUUCAACAGAUUGUGAAGGCACUGGUCAGAUGUUCCAAGUUCAAGCGCCUGCUCCUAAUGAGACUAGGGAAUCCGAUAGUUCAAGUAUAUAUUUAACCGGUAGUGCUCAAAUGCAUUUGGAAUCUCUUGCGCUGGGUUUAAGUAAGGUUUAUACAUUGAAUCCAACAUUUCGAGCUGAGAAUUCAAGUACAAGAUAUCAUCUUGCAGAAUUUUACAUGCUUGAAGCAGAAUCAAUUUACUUAGAUAAUAUUAAUUCAUUAUGUAGAGAAAUUGAAAUGUUAAUUAAAAAGAUAUUAAAUGAAUGUUUAGAAAUUUAUCCUAUCUCAGAAUGUAAUGAACUCAAUGCAUUACAAAAUGAUUUAGUGUUGAUUCGAACAUUCCUUGGAAGUCAAUCUGAAUCUGAUAGCCAUUGCAAAGGUUUUCUAGUUGAUUCUGCUCUCGAGCUAAGAAAUGUUUUAGAAACAAUGCUGAAACAACCGUUUGUUUGCAUUUCAUAUUCUGAAGCCAUAGAGUACUUGAAUAAAGAAAUGGGUACAGCUGAUCUUACUACUUCAAAACCUCGGGAUUUGAACAAAAAAGAGGAGUACAAAAUCCUAGAUUGGGUUGGAGGGAAUCGUCCCGUCUUCAUUACUCAUUUUCCCAUGGAACUUAAACCAUUUUACUGUCAGUCAGUUAAUGGUAUUGAAGCUGAGUGUGCUGAUUUGUUAUUUCCAGGGAUCGGCGAACUAGUUGGCGCCAGCGUUCGUGAGAAUGUUGCUUCUCGUUUACAAACACGCAUGAAGUCCAGUCAGUCGCAGUGGUACAUUAAUUUACGUGGUACUGGUAGUGCUCCCCAUGCUGGUUUUGGUCUCGGCUUCGAGCGUCUUAUGCAAUUUGUUUUGGGGAUAGCUAACAUUCGAGAUGCAAUAGCAUUCCCAAGAAAUACCAAUAAAAUUAUUUUCUAAAAAA